AUGUCCAGACCGCUUAUGCGAAUCCCGCAUACGGGGCCUCUGCCACCACCUUUGAUUAUUCCACCGUCGGCAGCCACCAAACAAGGGGCCAUCGCCGCCCUUGCGCAUUUUCUGACCUCGACUGCGCUGCCCGCCACAUCCACUACUCGUCCAUCAGGCCAAGACGCGCAACAGAGAAACAAGACAGUCCUUCUUACAGGCGCAGGCAUAAGUGUCGCCUCAGGCCUGGCCGACUAUCGUGGCGUUAACGGGACCUACACCCAGAACAAGAACUAUCGGCCGAUUUAUUACCACGAAUUCAUCUCGAGCCACGAAUCCCGAAAGCGAUACUGGGCCCGUUCGUUCUUAGGCUGGAGGGGUCUUCACCGCUCGAGCCCUAAUGCCGCACACUAUGCCAUUCGUAAUCUUGGAAGACUAGGGUUGGUCGACCGUGUGGUUACUCAAAAUGUCGAUUCGUUCCAUGGUCUUGCGCAUCCGCAAUUAAAGACGGUGGAGCUACACGGAUUCCUCAGAGCCUUGGUCUGUCUGAGCUGUAAGAGGCUCAUUGACCGCGAUGUCUUCCAGCAAAGAUUGGCAGAGUUAAACCCCGCCUGGGCCGAGUUUUUGCAACAGUUGCUGGCUUCUGGGGCAUUGGAUACUGAGAAUCCCGUGGAAAGGAGGCGGUUGGGAUUUAGGACAAAUCCCGACGGUGACGCCGAUGUCCCUGGGGCGCCGUAUCAUACCUUCAGAUAUCCUCCUUGCCCACAUUGUUUGAAGCGACCGCCCAUUCUAAAAGAUGGGAGCAAAGGACACGUGGACAUUGACGCGGAUGGCGCUUGGAUACCAUCACCCAGGGUCUCCGCUUCGCCAAACGGCGUCGGUGUGCUCAAACCCAAUGUGAUCAUGUUUGGUGAAUCCAUCUCAGCCGGCGUGAAAACAGCGGCAGAGGAAGCUAUUGACUCUGCGGCCAAAAUCCUGGUCGUCGGCAGCUCUCUCGCGACCUACUCUGCUUGGAGGCUGGUUAAAAGAGCGCACGAGAGAGGCAUGGGCAUCGGGAUAUUGAAUAUGGGCGGUGUCAGGAAGGAGGAAGUAUUCUUCGGAGAACUCCUUCCGCACCACCGUUCUCAAGGGAAGGAAAACGAACAUGCUGGGUGGAAGGCCCUGAGGCGGGACCUUGUGCGCGCCAGUUUGCCUGCCGAAGAGGUCUUGCCUGGGGUGGUCGAUGUGAUUCGCGCCGACUUGCCUGAGCAAAAACCGCCGCCUUCUGACACACUGCACUUCCAGACUCAUCCAUAA